UGCAAAUUAAGUGCCAACAACAGAAAGUCUUACACAAAAGGAAAAAGGAAAAAGGACUGCAACAGACACAGCUUUAAUGAUGAAGAAUUAAUUGGGCAACCCAAAGUUAUCUUGACGAAUGUCCUGAGGACGAAAAUUGGAAGAAAAUACAUUGACAGCCAUGUAAUAAUUGAUGCAAAUUUAUCUGCUGCUGAUAAAUUACAAUCGGGUCAACUACCCUCAUCAUCUGUUGCCAGCCUACAGACAUGUCAAAUAUUAAAUUCUCCUCAUGAAAGUUCUUUUCUGUCUGAAAGGUCUGAACGUUGCCUGAGGAAGACAGAUGAUGAUCUCUGUGAUGAUCUCUGUAAAUUGACCAAGGCUUCUAAGGAAUCAGAAAAAAAUAGCACCCUCACUUAUAGAAGACGGGAACUGAAGAAAAAAG